CGGCGACAUUGCUAGUUUACUCUCCUCAAACAUACUGUCUUUGUGCGAAAAAUAAAAUAUACAGAAAAAAUGUCAGACAAACGAGCACUCGUUAUUGCACUCUCGGGGUGUUCUUCUAGCGGAAAGACUACCUUGGCGAGAAUUCUACGCGACAUCUUUCCCAAUACAUUCAUUCUUCACGAAGAUGACUUCUACAGACCAGAGGAGGAGCUGCCCUCAAAGCACGGUCUACUAGAUUGGGACUGUGCCGGAUCCUUGGACAUUCCCGCUAUGGCUGAGUCGCUGGCUUAUAUCCGCGAGAAUGCGUCUUUCCCGCCGACACUAGAGUCUAAAGAGGACCAAAACUCUGUGGGCAAGUGUCCUGUUCCACAGACUCUCAUUGACUCUCUAAAACAAAAGGUUACUGCCGAACUCCCAUGGGACCAUGCGCUAGCUACAUCUGCUCUCAAACUCUGCGUGCUAGACGGCUUUCUGCUCUUUUCUCCUUCCAUGGCAGCCAUUCAAUCGGCUCUUGAUGUCAAGGUCUUUCUUCGUGCAUCCUACCAACGAGCCAAGUCACGUCGAGAAUCCCGUGAUGGAUACGUUACCCUGGAGGGCUUUUGGGCUGACCCCCCCGGCUAUGUCGACAAGAUUGUCUGGCCAAACUACGUGGAAGAGCACAAGUGGAUGUUUGAGGACGGUAAUGUAGAAGGCAAGUAUAAAAAGGAUGUCCUGGCAAGAGAAUGCAUCUACGUCCCCAAGGGUGAGCCUCUGGAUGCUGAUUUGUCCGAGACGCUUGAGUGGCUGGUAUCACUGAUUCUGGAUGAGCUAAAUAAAAGGCAUCAAUAGAUGUUCAUAUCGUUUCCAAUACUAUUAAAUUGCCAAUGUUUCGAGUUAUUUAUAUACUCUUACACUUUGCAACUACUUCAUCUAAGCGGGCCAACGCUCGACGGACCGGAUCCAUGGAGGGCAGUGUAUCCUCUAGAUACAAGGAGCUCUCAAAGAGGUGAUCUUGUCCUUCUGCAAUAAAGAUGUCAACCUUGUCUUUUCCAAGCUUUUGUUGCAUCAUGACGCUGAUAUCGUGUGGAACAGCAAUAUCAGCAUUGCCGUGAAAAAUGACAGUCGGCGGCCAUAGUUUUCUCUUCUGCUCAUCCGUUCCGACCCACUCAAAACCGUCGUCAAUUGCUUGUACAAGGCCUGGAUAUUUAUUCGUGCGGAUGUAGUGUUCGUACAUGAGUCCACCUCGACGAUCCAGGUGUUCCUCUGCAACAACUAGUGCCGGUUGUUUGAAGUCCGGGUUGCGGCUCCCGUCAGGCAGAAGCAUUUCGAUGUGGAAGAUGCCCGUAGUUUCUGUCGUAAUGCGGCAUGUUUGGACUGGUUCCGCAUCAAAUUCUUCAAAAUCAGCGUCCGUCUUAUGGUCAUCAGUGAUGCUAAUGCUGGAGCUAUAAAAUGGAUGCUGGAAGGUUGUGAUGCCACUGAUGGAGAAGAGCGCGAUAGGUGGUUGUUCGAGGUGCCGCGCGAGGGUUGUAGCUAGGAAAAAGCCAGCGCUUGCACCAAACACAAUAACUCUGCGCCUUGCUUCACCUGUCGUGUUCCACCUCUGAGCAUAUUCGUAAGCUGCCAUGGCAUCUUGGAGCAGAUCGCUGGCGGUUGCCUGCGGCAUGAGCCGGUAGUCGGCGGUGAUAAGAGGCCAUUUGCGACCGAUACAGGCCUAGCGGAUAUCUUUAGUAUUAAAGGGGAUUAAUAUGGGAUAGAGAUGUACUUGGACUAGCCAUGGGGGCAUGCGUUCUUUGACCCAGCCGCUCAAGGCACCAGCGUGAAAGAAGAGCGCAACGGGAGCAUCAUCAGCGAUGUCCGGCCCAGCGUAGAUGGUGCAUUCCAGUGGGAUCUUGUGGUGAGCGUAUACCUCUGUCGUUUUGAAACUCAUUUUCUGCUUAACUUUGUUUGAGGGAAAAAAAUUACCAACCAAGCUAUCUGUAUCUUUAUGCCAUGUUCCCAGUUCAGCCACAGCCUGCACCUAGGAUCGACAUGAAGGGCGUGGCCUCGGCUGCCUGGAUGUGACCAUAUGCCUCACGCUCUUGGAAACAGUGCUCGCAAUUUUGCGAUAUCCUCAAGGCACCAUUCCAGUAUCGUUUCAGCGUUAUGAAUGCUAUAGGUUACCUUCAUCGCUUCGUUAACAAACAGCCCGUUACCGAGCUGGUAGCAUCCUGGGACCUCUCUUGCGUGAUGCUCGCUAGCUGGAUCAUGCAACCCCACGCCUCCACCAGCUCCAAAGGGAACUCUAAUAGUACCGAAGCGCACAUCUGCAAGGGUUGCAUGCUCGAGGCAAGUGAAAAUCUGCUUUGCUCCUUCAAGUAUUGGCUGCCCCAAAGCCAUUCUUUCAUCAUGACUGACGGUCCCAAAGAUCAGUUUAUCGUAUUCUGGGGGCAAGGCUUCGUUGUCCAUGCUAAUCAUCUUAUUCGUUAUAAUGGCUAAUGUGCAAGCGAUUCGGCAGAGAAUGGUACCGCUAGGCGUCAUGAUACAUUCCUGAGGCGAAAUCAUAGAAUAGGCACCUGACGCAACGAAUAUGGGACGAAUCAUAUCCAGGUCCUGGGCCUUUACCUCGAGCUCAAGAAUAGCGAGUACCUUGAGCCUAUUAUAUGUAGGAUCGCAUGCAGGUUUGCCGAGUUGCUGGCGGAAGAGUCCCACCCGUUCCCAACAUGCCAGUGUAAGCAACUGCACUACCUCGGUCUGUUCAAUGCCAUCCGGACCCUUCUUAAACCCGACGCUGUAGCCAGACCAUUGCGCUGAGAAGAUUGGCUCUAUAUGCGUAACUUUGGCUUCUGUAACAACUGUAAUAUUUGUGUACGUUUUGAGCUUCUGGCGCAGAAAGGUGCAGAUAUAAGGCAUAUUGAACGUCUUUUCUGUGGUUUCGUAGCAGGCGCCGAGACCGGUUUGAAACUCGGCGGUGAUGAACCGAUUAUACUCUGCUUUUGUUAGCUCUCGACAUAUUUGGUCAGGAGAGCCGAAAUGUUUGUUGAAAUAGUCAUCGUUGGAGUACUUUU